AUGACCUGUGAAUACAUGAAACAUACUGUUUGUUAUGUGUUGACAUUAGAACUCUUUGAAAUUUGGAUUCAGUUGACAGUCAUGUUUUCCAUCCUGCUGUUUUCAGGUUUCUGCCUGCUGCCGUUUUGCCUGCCUCGUCAGUAUCACUUCGUGAGGGAGUCUAGGAGCUGGGCCGAGGCUCAGAGCUUCUGCAGAUUCACAUACACUGACCUGGCCACUGUAGACAACAUGACAGACAUGAGCAGGCUGCUGGAGUCCGUCGACGGCACUUACAACGGCUCUGCAUGGAUUGGACUGUAUGAUGACCCAAAGAACAGCUGGAGAUGGUCUCUGGAGGGCCCUCAGUUCUACAAGGAGGGAGAAAAAGACUUCAGGAACUGGGUCACAACUCUAGCAGAUGUUUCAAGAAGAGAGCCUGUUUGUGUGAUAUUUGAUCGUGGCAUAUGGCACCUCUAUCCCUGUGAAACUCUGCUCUCAUUUGUUUGCUUUGAUGGAAGAGAAAAUGCCACUGAGAGUUUGGUUCUGAUAUCUGAAUUUAAAAACUGGACGGAAGCCCAACGGUACUGUAGAGAGCAUCACACAGAUCUGGCCAGCAUCAGGAACCAAAAGGAGAAUGGCAGAAUUGCCAGCAUAGUGGGACUGAAAGUGCAGCUGAGUUUUGUCUGGAUUGGGCUGUACAGGACCAGAAUAUGGUCCGACCAGAGUAACUCAUCUUUCAGAUAUUGGAAAGCAGAAGAACCAAAUGUGAACUUGGAACAUUUGAGUCCAUCCUGUGCUACUGUGUCCUUUGGAGAUUCAGGCAGAUGGAUUGAAGAAAGCUGCAACAUCACACUCCCCUUCAUCUGCCACAUGGCUUCGCCUGUCUCCCCUCGUCAGUAUCACUUCGUGAGGGAGUCUAAGAGCUGGGCCGAGGCUCAAAGCUACUGCAGAAACAUCUACACUGACCUGGCCACUGUUGACAACAUGAGGGACAUGAGCAGGCUGCUGGGGUCCGUCAACGGCACUUAUGGCGGCUCUGCCUGGAUCGGACUGUACGAUGACCCAAAGAACAGCUGGAAAUGGUCUCUGGAGGACCCUCAGUUCUACAAGGAAGGGGAAAAAGACUUCAGGAGAUGGUUUGAGUAUCCUCUGAAUGAACGUGGAAAUGAUUUUUGUGCGCUGAUGUUGUUCAACACUCAACCAACAUAUGAGGAAAGAUGGGUUGACCGAUCUUGCAUGGAAGAACGUCAGUUCAUUUGCUAUAAGGAGAGCAAUAAUACCACUGGGACCUACGUUCCAAUAGCCGAGUCUAAAACAUGGAUGGAUGCUCAGAGUUACUGCAGGGAACACUAUGUAGACCUGGCCAGUGUAAGGAACCAAGAGGAGAAUCUGGAGAUUUUCACGGAAACACGCAGAAGCUUUGAAAUCCAGUUUUUGGACGGAGUUUGGGGAGUUUGGAUUGGACUGUACAGGACCAGAACGUGGUCUGACAACAGCAACUCAUCAUUCACUUACUGGAGAAAAGGAGAGCCUGAUGAUGGAAAAAAUUCUAUGUUUGAGAACCUGGAUCAGCACUGCACAGCAGUGUCCUUGAAUGACUAUGGACAGUGGACAGAUGAGAACUGUUUGACCGCUCUCCCUUUCGUCUGCUACAGCUGUAAGUCCUGAUAAACAUUUUAUCUUAUGAACAUAAUACUUUAGGUAACUUUGUGCAAAAUCUUGUGAAUAUCAUUUGGUGAGAGACAGGAUCAUGUACCAUUUUACAAAUGUUCUUUAAAUACAUCUUGGAAAUGAGCGGGUGUCGCACCUGAAAAAAGUGAAAUAAUUUGAAGGGCAUAUUUUAAGAUGUUUGUGUAUUAGAUGGGUGACACCACGGUGAGUGGAGACAUCAAGCACUGUAGUUUCCAGUAAUUAUAACUAGAGACUUUGGUUUUUUUUGAGACCAUGAUUGGCCUGAGGCCUAUGACAGUCUGAUGAUAUAUGUAAUGAAACAAACAGUUCUAUUGGCUGUUGUUUAUUUAUUUAUUUAUUUACAACAUCUAAAAAGUUAAUAACUAACAUCAGAAGGAAAGUAAUACCCAGGACUGCUUUUCUUUAUGUUUUUACAACAAAUUUCACAACUCAAUCCUCCACGGCAGUGAAUUCCACAAAUGAACCCUCUACAGCAGUGAAGUCCACAACUCAACCCUCCAUGGCAGUGGAUUCUAUAACUGAACCCUUCGCAGCAGUGAAUUCUACGUUUCAACCGACAACAGCAGCAAAUUUCUCAACGCAACCCUCUACAGCAGUGAAUUCCACAGCUCGACCCUCUACAGCAGUGAAUUCCACAGCUCAACCCUCUACAGCAGUGAAUUCCACAGCUCGACCCUCUACAGCAGUGAAUUCCA